AACUCACUUUUGCUAACCCUCUCAAGUAUGCAGAAAUGUGUUCAUUAUUGAAAUUAGUUUAUUAUUACCAGAGGAUUCGUCAGCCAAUCAUUAUUCACAUGGAGCACAACACACGUACAUCGGUUCAAGUUCUCGUACCACAUCACCCGAGAGAGAUGAAAUUAACAAGGUGAAUAGCAAAUGAACUGAAAUAAUAAUAGUACCAAUGGUAAUGAGAAAGAUUAAACAUUGUGGAAUAUAUUUUGAAAAGAAGAGAUGGAUUCAGUGAAUAGGAAAAUAUGAAGUAAUUUUGAAUCUCAAAUCUGCUUCAUCCAACCUCAAGCAGGUUGGAGUUGUCUCACAGAUGCCAACCAAAUAGUCUGGGUCUACUAGUACAAAGCAGCCCAAUAUUGAUUGACUUCAUGAACUGAUACAAUGUUUUGAUUUCACUGACAAUAGCUUUCUGUCUACAUACUCCUAUCUCAGCCUGGAUUGCAAGUCAUGAUAGGGAGUGACUAAGGAUGAGUAAUACAUAUCCUAACCACCCUAAUCGUUGAAGAUCCGUAGCCUCAUUAAAUAAUUUGUCAUCUUUGCUCGAUAUCUUACGUCCAACCUCAGCAUUGCUCACUCAGUGCUCCCGACUUACGUGAAAAAUGCUUCAAAGACAACUAUGAUCAAAUAACAUUAACUUACUUAUAUCCCUUACUUUGAAAGUCCACGUUUCAUCAUUGUGAAGUAAAACAAAAUAGUGGAAUACUGCAACAUCUUUGCUGUUCAUUAUCCUCUAAACCCUCCGAAAUGCGUUGCCGAGCAAUAAGACAAAAAUAAUUUAUUACUGACAUGUAAAUCAUAUCUGUACUAAAUUCUCGAAUUUAUUCUAUUUCUACUUACUAAAUAACUUAUUUUGUUCAAUGCCUAUAAGGUUAUUCAGAAUAGAAUGUUAAUAGUAAUAUGAAAAGAGACUGAAUAUUUUCUUACCACUGGUUAAAAAGCAGUUAAUGCUACUAUUGUUUCUAUGAUUGUCUUACUUUGAAUGAGCAUUAUACUGUUGAUGUUUGGAUUCCACAAUCCGAAACCUAACUCACCAUUCUUGUUGGAGAAAGUUAAUAUGGAUCAUAAGAGUAGACGAAUUUCACAUUUCUCACUUCAAGACUUAAGAAUAAAGAUCAAAUAUUGGAUUACAUCACAGUCAUACCUGUUCCCCUAUACUCUUUAAUCAAUCACGUUUCUGAGAUGUGUCUAAUUAGCAUAUUGUAUGGUUUUUCCUCACAAUGCUCAGUUUAGUCGGGUUGGGUCAUUUUCAUUAAAUGUUAAUUUCUAGCCUGUUUAGACCUGAAAAUCUAUAUUUAUAUUUGCCUAGAUUUUCUCUCUGUUUAUAAAUUCUUGAUUUAAAUAGUUUGCUCCUAUGCCUCUUGUCGGCCUGAAUCUUCCGAAAAUUCAGUCAGUUAUACAAGAAUUUGUAGAGCCAGUUCCUGAACUCCCCAAAACUAGUAAUGAACAUAUUUCAUCCAUGUGUAAACUCCCAACUCUCAGUACUUCACAACAAACUCCUGAAGAGGACGAAGCAGAAGAAUUAUUUGGAGAGAUUCAAGAUUGCUUUGAUGUCUCAGUGGGUCCAUGCUCUGAUCCUGAUCAAAUGUUAUUAACAAAAGAAAGCUUGGCUCGAAAUCCAGACACCGAUCAUGAGCUCUGUCUUUCAAUGCGGAACUGCAUGAGUUCUGCUGCGUACAUAAAAAUGUCAGAAUCCAGGUGUGAACUCCCAGCAUACCAAUUCAAAGAAGAUAUUGUCUCAACUAUUCGAAAUAACCAAGUUGUUAUAAUAAGCGGUGAAACAGGUUGUGGGAAGACUACACAGGUUCCACAGUUUAUUUUGGAAGAUCAGGUCUUAGGUGGAAAUGGGUCUGUUACGCGUAUCAUUGUAACACAACCUCGGCGUAUAAGUGCUGUUUCGGUUGCUGAACGUGUAGCAACUGAAAGAGGACAAUCUAUAGGAUCUUCCGUUGGCUAUCAGGUCCGAUUAGAACGCCGAUAUCCUCAACGUCCUCAUGGAUCUAUCAUGUUUUGUACGACAGGAAUUAUUCUUCAAUGGUUUCGUUCUGAUCCACUUCUAAAGAAUAUCAGUCAUAUCAUUGUUGAUGAAGUACAUGAACGAGAAUUUUUAUGUGAUUUUCUAUUGUGUAUGCUAAAACGAAUUGCUCCUCUUCGUUCAGAUCUUCGAAUAGUUCUCAUGUCGGCAACAAUCAACGCAGAAAAAUUUGUUGAAUAUUUUGACAAUUGUCCUAAAUUUGAAAUUCCCGGUAGAACCUUCCCAGUGAAGACAUAUUAUUUAGAAGAUGUUUUGAGAGAAACUAAAUUUUGGUUGCCAAAUAAUGCUAUAACCGCUUUAUGCCGUGAUCAAUCACGUACAUUAAAACAGCGUCUUUUAAAAUCUAAUCUUUCAAAAAAAGAAGCUCGUAUAUUAUCUUAUGGAAAAAGCCCUGAAUUCAAUAAAUGGUUGCAUUCAUUAACAGGAUUAUCGUCCAAUGCAAUAGAAAUUUUACGUAGUGUUGGAGAAGAUACCUAUCCUCAAACCGAUCUUAUUGCACAUUCAGUUGAGCAUAUUUUACAGAAUACACAAUCGGGUGCAAUACUUGUUUUUGUUCCAGGUCUUGUCGACAUAAAAGAUGUAAUCAGAUGUUUGCGUGAAUUAAAUCCAAGACGAUAUGAUGAUCGUUAUGGAAGUGUUAGAAUUUAUCCAUUACACUCAAGAAUCCCCACGUCUAGAGAUCGCUCACUGUUCGAACCCUCACCAAAAAAUCAAAGAAAAGUGAUUAUAGCAACUAAUAUCGCUGAAACGAGCAUAACCAUUCAAGACGUAGUUUAUGUGAUUGAUUGUGGUCGUAUCAAAGUGACAGAUUAUGAUCCAAGACAAAACACAUCAACUUUAACUGCGAUCCUGGUUAGCAAAGCCAAUGCAGCUCAGCGUUCUGGAAGAGCUGGCCGUGUACAACCUGGCAUCUGUUAUCAUUUAUUCCCAAGUUAUGUAUACAAUAAUGUUAUGUCAGAUUUCCUACAACCGGAAAUGUUACGUGUCCGUUUAGAAGAUGUGAUUUUAAGAAUAAAAUUGCUAGGCCUUGGUCGUGUAAAGUCUUUCUUAACCAAUUGUCUUGAUUCUCCUUCUGAAGAUGCUAUCUCAAAAACUUUAAUAUUUCUUAGACAAAUUCAAGCUCUGAAAUUAAUCAAAUCGGAAACAUCGAAUUUUAAUACAUCUCAUCCAAUAAAAUCUCAUGAAAAAAGUCAUAAAGUCAAUCGAAAGUCUCUUCGAGAAUUUUCAGAAGCUGUUAAAAAGGAUGUAAAUGCUGUUGGUGUAGAUUCUUUGGAUUCUAGUUGUAUCCAUUUAGAUUCAACAGAUGAAGAUGACGAUGAGUUAACUCCUCUUGGUGUACACUUAGCCAAUUUUCCACUGGAUCCACAAUGUGCUAAACUCUUAAUUUUCGGUGCAUUAUUUGGUUGUUUAGAACCAAUUUUAGCUGUCGCUUCGUGCUUAACAUUUCGUGAUCCAUUUGAAGUACCUUUAGAAAAACAACAAGAGGCUGACCGAUGCCGAAUAGAAUUGUCUCAGAAUUCUCUAAGCGACCAUUGGGUAUUUGCUACAGUUAUUCAAAGUUAUCAAGGACUUAAUUCACAAAUGGAACGUCAUCAAUUUUGUCGAAGAUAUUUUCUUAAUGAACGUACUAUAAAGGAUAUUAUUCGACUUAUGAAUGACUAUGCACAAUUGUUAUAUGAACGAAGGUAUAUUGCUACUCCAAAACCUAAUGAUUCGAAUGCAAACUGUAAUCAAUGGAAUAUCAAUCUUUUCCGAGCAAUAAUGUGUGCAGCAUUAUAUCCAAAUAUUGUAAAAGUGGAUCCAAGAUUUACUAAAGAAGGCAAACCUAAAGUACCAGUUAUUAUGGCUUGUCCAUCUGAGGGUAGAGCAAAUAUUCAUCCAUCGUCAGUAAAUAGUAAAAUUCAACCAACUGAGCCUAUAUGGAUGGUUUAUUUUACAAAAACUAAGCUUGAAUCAGGAUCUUAUCCAUCCAUAUUCGACUCAACUGUCAUAUCACUGAGACCUUUGUUAUUUUUCAGCGGUAAUAUAGAAAUAUCAAAGAACGAUACAAGUCUUUUCACCAUUGAUCAAUGGAUUAAAUUCAGCGGGGAGUUAAAAGUAGUCAAUUUAUUGAAAGAUUUACGGAAAUGCAUGGAUGGACUGUUGGAACAGAAGUUUAAAAGUCCUAGCGUGGUUAACUGGGAUAGAACAAAUAAGGAAGGACGACUCCUUCAAACUAUUGUGGAUCUAUUAACAAGUGAACCCCCGCCAGCUGUUCAAGUUGAGAAAUUAAACUUAAAAACAUUCUCCCUCGGCAUCCAUAAAUAGUUAUUCGCACCACUGAUAACCCUGUAGAUAUAUGUUUUAACAAUUCUGUUUGUUAAUGACUUAAAAUAAAUCUUGUCUAUC